AGGAGCUGCACUCUCUGAAAAUAUACAGGAGAGGAUGCCUUUAGGAGAGAUGGACAAAACACGGAAAAAGAAAGAGGAAAUUAAAGUGGCGUACGAGUUCAAAGAAGUCCUGGGAACGGGUGCGUUCUCUGAAGUGGUCCUCGCUGAGGAAAAGCAGACUCAGAAACUGGUCGCUAUUAAGUGUAUUCCCAAGAAAGCUCUGGAGGGAAAGGAGAACAGCAUUGAGAAUGAGAUUGCUGUCCUUCGGAAAAUCAAGCAUCCAAACAUUGUGUCACUGGAAGAUAUUUAUGAAAGUCCAACACAUCUUUACUUGGUGAUGCAACUUCGUCCCCAAAACUCCUACCCAACAGCUGUCCUCCCACCAUAUGAUCCCAGGCCUCAGUUGGAUGUUAUACCAGCAGCAGCCACCAAAUCCCCAGUGGCACUGGUGUUGAAUCGAGCUGCCAGCCUCUGA